AUGACAGAAGAGGCUUCCGACAACGCAGGUGGACAUGCGGAACAAGUACUGCCAGAACAAGAACAAGAAGAACUUGGGGCUCCUGCAGGAUUCUCUCCAAGCGGAGGACCUUGUCCACCAAGCGAUGAACCGUGUAGUUCCGAUGCUCCUGCUGCCAAACGCCGCGCUUCAUUUUUAGGUUCACGCCAGCUGCCUCCGAACGUACAUCAAUUUUGCGACGAACAACAGCAAAGGGAAAGAGGUCGUGGGCAAAGUAGACUAAGAAAGAAUCCUAAUUCCAAGCCUAGCAAAAAUCGACAUCAACUAAACAACCAAGGCCAAGGCGCCCACGAUAUUCAUGAUAAGGAUCAAUGUAGUGGACUCGGACCCUGUGGAGCUAGCAGUGACGCGAGUGAUGUUACUAUCCCUGGGCCUGCUGCUUAUCAAUUUGAGGGACUCGGGCCGGGUCAUGUGCUUGGUGGACGAGGAGGGGGGUCAUCGUCCGACGUAGGUUCAGUUAAGGCUUUCGUAAGUAGUUAAUCCGUCUCCGAAAGCAAAAGCAUCUUGUUGAAGUUCACCUCCCGUAAGGAGUACGUGAAAGGAGCACCAAGAUGCAUCUUAUUCUUAAGAUGGAUUAUAAAUAUGGGUCAUCAAGAACAGCGCUAAUUCCCAUUCGCUUGUGGGAGGUACAACCGGAAUCAGCACACCCGCUUUCACCUGUGUUCGAAAUCCGUUUUUGCAACAACAUCCAGAGACAACAGGCACUUCUGUUAAGGCCACAAGAACAGCUCACGCAUCCCCUCCGAUCGUGAAGAUUCUGGGCCUUUUUUUCAAAGACAGAAAAAAAAAGUGGAUCUUCCACGCAUAUACUUACUCUCAGGGAAGAUGGUGCGAGUCCGCGUGGAAGUAUUUUUACAUUCAAACAUACAAAUUCUAAUACAAGAACCUCUGGCAAGACAGCCGCAGCCCAAGGGCACCAGGACCAGGCUGGAUGCGGCCGCAACAGUGGUGCUACCACUAGGUUGGAUAAUUUCGGGCUUAAUUCUAAAAACCCUCCUGGGGAUCCUCAACAAACAGAGAGUACUACUAGAGGACUGCUUCAAAGACAGGUAGAUGCAGGCACAGAGGAGAGCGCAUCUGGUAUGGUAUCUGGUAUGUCGGUGGACCUUGACCAAUCACGAGAAGAACGGAGACCAAAAAGAGUUGAGAUUAAGGCCUGCAAUUUUUCAUUGGUCGUAUUCAUCUAGAACUAUGCAACGACGAUUCUUGGCCUGGUUUCGAAAGGAAAGUAUUUGGCCAGCGAUCGAUGUUGACCACGUGGAUGAAGUUCGUUUGUUCUCGGAAUUUAAACAGAAGGUCGGUAGUAGAAAUGUGUUGCUAAAUAGGACUCCGCAUAUCUCCAAUUUUCGGGGAGGCUCACCAGAUGCGGACGAAGAAGAGGAAGAAGAUGAGGAGGGUCUCCCACCUUAUCAUGACGAUCAUGGCCCUUGUUCUGAAGCAGUAGGAGAACAACAACAAACGCCAGGUUGUAAUGUUGGGCUACUUCAGGCCGACCUGGGGCCAAUAUGUUGUGGUUCUGACGUGGUGGAAUCGGCGGGUGCAACCGGCGUGGUGGCCGCACACGAUGAACAGAGGCAUACUGUUGAAGGAAUAGUUGUUCCGAAAUCUAUCACUACCCAUGGUAGAGGUAUAGAUAGCAGGCAUGCCCAGAGUACCAGAGCUGCCGCUUCACCUCCUAUUUGUGCCGUUGCAGAGAAUCCUUUUACGGGUUACGACUCCUUUCUGUUCCGGCUUCCCGGUUUCAAUGACAGCCCAGAGACUGCUUGCUACGGAUGCCAUAAUAGAAGAAGUGCCGGUCGUUCUUGUUCUAGUUCUUGUAGAACAACUUCGGGGCGGCAUGCUGGAGAUCGUUCAGGAGUAGGAGGAGCAGUAGAUUCUAGUUCUUGUAGAACAACUCCGGGACGACCCCCCGUUUCAGGUCGUUCAGCUAGUGGAGCAGGGCCUACGUCGUUUGUAGGUGGAAACUGCCCUGCCUGUGGUAUGCCUGCUGAUACAACCGCAGCAUCGCAACAGCAGCCAGGUGCUACAGUUAAGGGUUCUACUAAAGAACGAGAAUCUUCACGAUGAGUGCAAAGAUUAUACUAUGUAUAAUUCGGAGGCGGGGGAACGACCUCUGAGCGGCCUCAUCUUCUUCUAAUACAAGAGGUGGGCCAAGUCCUAGCAGUUUGGGCAACAUACCCCCCGCAGGCUUAUUUCAAGAUCUUCAGUGCGGUGCAGGAGCAUGUCCUUUUCCACCUCUUAUGAGGGCGACCGGCCGCAGCAGCGUCUGCACCGACAGUGCUGCCACGGGCACCAUAACACUCGUAGAGGACUUGACCUACGAGCAGUACUUUGGCCCUAGUCCGAGCGACGAACUCGGAGUAAAAAUGGCCGAUUAUGGAAUCGCGCAGACCUCAAACACGCGGAUGGGAGAAGAACUCUUCUACCACUUGCGGCGCACCAGCUUGAGCAGAAUCGCUGAUAUCUUAGAACUUUCUAUCCAAAGCGUACGAAAAGAAGCUCUGAACCCAGGUCGUAGUCGGAAGAACUACGAAGAAAAAUAUGCAGAACAGCAGAUAACGCAACAAGCGGCGGCUGCUUUGGAAGUGCAACCACAAGAAGCGCAACAGGCACAAGGCGGUCAAGGACAUCAACAAGGGGUAGGAGAUGAACAAGAUCAUGAAGCAGCUGUGGUUACUAGAAGGAAAGCCGAGUUGAUGACAUUCUACGAGUCUCUGCCACGUGUCGGAAACAGGCAUUUCCUUACAGCAGAGGAGGUGAUGGACGGCCCAGAGGCUGCGGGUGGACGUCCGUGUACUACUGUUAUGGUGACCCUGCUGUGGAUUAAGUACGUUUUAGUAAAAGUAUUUUCAGAUUCAAUAUACGUUCCCCACCUUCUCUAAGAUGCCCGGAACAUCAACAGUAGGCCCAGGAGCUGCUUCAGCUUUCUCAUCUGCGCCUGGAACGUCAGCGUUUUGUUCAGGCGUAGGCCAAGGCUCUUUUCCGCCACAGGAACAAGCUGCAGAACCUGGUGGAUUCCAUGGAUCAUUUUCUAGUUUUUUACAUCAUGGUCCUGGUAGAAGUGGUAGUACGAAGACGUCACCCCUUGAAAAGGAGACCUUACGUUAUCGGAGUCCACGUGAAAUCCGACAGUUUGCGGUGAAUGAGUUGCGUGGCGCAUUCUUCGUCCAUCUCGCCUUCCGUGAAUUCCCCUCCACGUGGGUGAGAGCGAUCCAGCAUACUGACCGCUAUCACAUGUCCGAAGCAAUGCGCAGUUUGCUUCUGACCUACUACGAGAUUGCAGACUUGCUCACAACAGGCUUAGUCUACGCAACUGAAGAUGAGGAGAUUUUGGCUACGCUCGAGGACGAGGCGGAAGAAAUGGAGGAGACGCAGUUAGAAGAGGGGAUGCGGCAACUAGAAUUAAAAUCAAAACAUUUAUAGUGUCCAUCUUUCUCGGCAUCUCGGUACAACCCUUUUCCCUUGUAUUAUUCCUAUGAAAUGAUACAUUGUAACUCAUGAAAAAAUGCAAGGUAAACAAGGGUAGUAAAAGGGGUCAAGAUGAGGGGGCCGAGAUGCAAUCUUAUGCCCACACUAAGAGACGCAUCAACGCCUAGAAGCGGAGAUGGUGGCACUGGUAGUCGUGGUAUGGGUAUGCAAGUUGACUCAGGAGGUGGUCCUCAACAAGUUGGCGCGGGCACUCCGAUGCAUCAGGUAGUAGGUAAUGCAGCAACUUCUAUGGUGCCUCCUGGUCCGAAUCUGUACCCAGGAGGAGCUGUUGGCUCAAGCGGUGGCAGCGUC